AUGUCGCCUGGCGCUGAUUCUUCUAAAUCUGCAUACCUCUUCCCACAUUUUGUCAAAACCAUUCUAUUCUGCCUACAUUGCAACAACUUCGCUGCAAACCAAAACGGUUCUGAAACACUAGCCCCAAAUAACAUGCUCUUCCCAGCGAUCAUUACAGUGAUAUCUUUGUUAUCUUUUGAUAUGAUCCUAGGAGUGGACGAUGACCCCUACAAGUUUAUUCAAAGCACACUUGGGCUCUCCGAUGAACCAAAGGCCUCUUCAACUGAGCAACAAACGCAAAUUCUUGGAAGUCCAGGGCAACGCAAAAAAGCAAAACGUAACAUACCGAAAGACUAUUAUCGAAAAGAUAAUUAUAUCGAAAGAAGAAAGAGAACUCUUAUGAGAAUCAAUACGACUAUGGAUCCGGAAACAGCUCAAAAAGGUGCAAUAAAGUCAUACGAAACUUAUUUGCAACGUCAAAGAGUGAAAGUCUCCAACAUGAGAGAUACUUAUAGGAAAGCCAAAGAAUACGUUCAAAGCGUUGAUCCAGAAUUAGCAAAAACGAUGCAUAUGGGCCUUCCCAAUACAAAAGACAAUUGGAUCACAAGAAGAAUUAAAAAACUGCAAAAGUAUGACAUCAACUUGACCCAUUCUGACGCACUAACACAAGCGCAGGCACAAUUUUUAGAUAAACGUAAGAAAGACAGAGAAUCGAACAGAAAGCGUUAUUGGUUAAAGAAGGCAAAAGAGAUGAAAAACGCAAGUGACGUAUCAUCUCAUCACAAGUAA